ACGUGCCUCUGGGAGCCGGAUACAAUGUAGCGGCUGCCGCACCAAGCGUUUCCUCUCUUCUGUGGGUGGUGAUUUUUGGAUGCUCAAGAUAAUUUUAUAUGCAUUUGCUGUUAUUAACGUGCACUGUAAUUGCCAAACUUCACUCUAUCCUCACCCAGUAUGUGUAUGCACAUUGCCUAUCGGGAUUCACUUGGGAGUAUCAGGAGUAGACUCCCUCCUCCUCUAAAUAAGAAAGGCACUGAGGUCAAAUAUUGCAGCACUAUCCCCACAUGGUUUAGACCAGCUGUCCCUGCGGUGCAGAGUCCGGAUAUCAGAUCUAUAAACUUUCCUCAUCUGUGUAGCUCGGUGCUCGCUGCAGGUGUGUUUUCUAACGGCCAAAAUCUGCCGACUUAACGUCAAGAAAUAUUUCUCACGUCCUGCGAGUGAGAUCAAACAAGUUAGCAGCUCAGAAAGGGGCCCUUCAGUCAGUCAUAUCUGCAGUCAACAACGACAUCCCCCUUUUCAGUUCCUGCUCUGUAGCCUGGUAGGUCGCAGCAAUUCCAGGCGUAACAUCUAACGAUUUGUGCCGAGAGUGUGUCUCACAGCCAUGUGCGGGCGUACUGUGUGCUCGCUGGCUGCCGACCAGAUCAGACGUGCCUGUGCCUAUCGAGAUGGGCGAGGGAGGAGGAGGGACCCAGAGUGGAGAGAUGGUGACCGUGGCAAGUACAAGCCCUCGUUCAACAAAAGCCCACAUUCCAACAACGCAGUGCUGGUGUCCAGAAAGCACUUCCACAAAGAUGCAGAGAGCGCUGAGCAGCUGCUAGCGGCCAUGCGGUGGGGUCUUAUCCCCUCCUGGUUCCGGGAGAGCGAUCCCUCCAAAAUGCUGUACAACACCAGUAACUGCCGUAGUGACGGGAUGCUGCACAAGAAUUCGUACAAGGAUCCCUUUAUGAAAGGACAGCGCUGUGUGGUGCUGGCUGAUGGGUUCUAUGAGUGGCAGAGGCAAAACGGUGAGAAGCAACCUUACUUCAUCUACUUCCCCCAGACCUGCGAGAAAGAGGAGGAAGGUGAGGGAGAGUGGAAGGGUCGAAGACUGCUCACUAUGGCCGGGCUGUUUGACCACUGGAAGCCACCAGGAGGCGGUGAUGAGCUUUACACCUACACUGUCAUCACAGUGGAAGCUUCCAAAGCCAUGGACUGGAUCCACGACAGAAUGCCAGCAAUUCUUGAUGGAGAGGAGGCUGUGAAGAUGUGGUUGGAUUACGGACAGUUUCCAGCCAUGGAAGCUCUCAAACUGAUCCACCCGACAGAAAGUAUCGCGCUCCACCCGGUCUCCACUGUGGUUAACAAUUCCAGAAACGACUUUCUCGACUGUAUCAAACCCAUUGAACUGGGAGUUAAGAAGGAGAUCAAGCCCACUGCCAGCAGUAAGCUGAUGAUGAACUGGCUACAAAACUCUCCGAAGAAGGAAGAAGCUGGCUCUGGGAACCAGCAAACUGUGAAAGUGGAGACGCCGAAGAAGAGCAGCAUGGGACUGAUGCAGAUGUGGCUUCAGAAAACAGAGGAGCCCUCAGCCAAGAAGAUACGCACCAGCUGAGGCCCAGCUCCGAGGGAAGGGAUGGGGGACCAGGACUGGGUGGAGCUGUUCCCAUCCAUUAUCACAUGUCUGUUCCGACUAGCUUGCAUUGUUGGUUUUAUUUUUAGUUUGUUUCAAAGUUCGAGUUCUGAUGUUGUGCAUUUGUCUCUAACUGUUUGAAAGGGGGUGGAGGGGAGGGAAAUGUGAUUGGGCUGAAGUGAAGAAAGAUCUGACUGCCCCACUACCCCCAUGCAGAAGAGAAGGGGCAGGGUCUUGGUUUUGACACAGGUUUGUCAGGUGACUCUCCCUGACUGGGACAGUGACUGGUGCAGGGGCUGGGACAUGCGUGCUUACAGUGAGUGGGGUAGAAACUGCCCUGAGAGUUUGGGGGAGGGUGAGGGGCAGGGUUGUGAGAGGGCACGUCUGGCGUAAGCAUUGCCUUGGCUGUGUUUGUGGGAAGUGGAGGAGGGGGAGGUCGCCCCAGUUUUACGCCGUUCCUGGUGUGCAAUCAGAGCUCUGCCUUGAAUCCAAGGAGCAGAAGGUCAUCUCCUGCAUUUGGGAUGGUGACUCUGGAAUGGAGGAAUGGGAGCAAUGCAGGGAUUUGCUAAUCCCACUGCAUUCCGGAUCACUGGGUCAGACUGAAGUCUACCCCCUGGUUUUGAACUCUCUCAGAACCCCCUUCUCGACCCCGGAUUCUCUCUCAGCCCAUUGCUUCACACAUUGGCGAGCAAGGGAAACUGGAUUUCUGGCAUUGGAAGGAUACCCCCACUGCCCUGCACGUAGGACAAACAUUAAAUGCAGGCUCUUCUCUUCAGGCCUACUUGCAUUUCCCUGACCCAAUCCUCCGAAUGUUACCCCUCUCUCCAAGGACCUACUGCCUGUUUCAGCCAAUGGUCCCUGUUUCUUGACAGUGAGGUUCAGGUGCUUCCAGCUUUGCUAUUGUAAUGCUUUCUGAACAGCUGUAUUAGUAACUACAGCGACAAUAAUUAAAACUAAAUAAACAUC